AAUUUUCGGUAAGCAUUUAAGUUCCCAAAUGCAAGAACACACGCACCAGACCCAAAUUCCUCUCUUCUCCUCCAAACCCGAUCGAUCGACCAUGGUGGCCAGAGAUGCGUCUUCUUCGGCUGCCGUCCUGGCACUUGUCGUAGCGGCGGCGGCGGCGGCUGGUCUCGCCGGCGCGACGGAGUACACGGUUGGUGACUCCGAAGGGUGGACCAUCGGCCCCAGCUACCUCGCAUGGUCCCAGAAGUACAACUUCACCGCCGGCGACACGCUAGUGUUCAGCUACGUGCAGCGGCAGCACGACGUGCUCCGGGUGAACCUGGACGCGUUCCGGACGUGCGACCCGGGGGCGAACCAGACCAUGCAGCGGUGGGCGUCGGGGCGCGACGUCGUGGAGCUCGCCGCGCCGGGGAGCUACUACUUCAUCUGCAACGUCAGCGGCCACUGCCUCGGCGGCAUGAAGUUCUCCGUCGCCGUCGGCGAGCCGCUGCCUCCUCCUCCGCCGCCACCGCCACCCCCACGGGCCUUCAUGGCGCCGCCGCCGCCCGUCGGCUCCGGACGACGGCUGCGGGCGUUGACGACGCCGGCUUCUUGCCUCGCUCUGGUCAUCGCCAUGUGGAUUAGCUGGUGAUUGAUUGAGUAGUCGCACGAUGUAAAAUUGAUCAAGAAUGUGUUUGAUGGUUGACCUUGACCAUUCAUUGGAUUGGCUGGAGAGUGAGAGAGAGAGAGACAGAGAUGUGUCGAUCCAUCUGCGCAUGAAUCAGAGUUGACUUUAUAUUCGAUUGGUCAAAUACGUAUUGUUUGAUAAUUUCGUUCAGCAUUUUUAUUUUUAACCUUUGUUUAUACAAGGGAUAAAUGUUAAUAAUCCCUUUGAGAGUUAUGAAAUGGUAAUUUUGGCAUCAUAUUGCACAUGGCCCAAUAGGCCCAAACUGAGUGAGAUCACGGUCCAAUCCAGCCCAACUACAUUGACAUAAGGAGAUGCC